CUGGAGCGCAAAGCCGUCUACCAGAGGCACGUCCGGACGCCCAGCCUCCUGGCCAAGAGCAUCCUGGAAGGUUACCGUCCUAUUCCAACAGACCCUUACCUGGGAGGGAAUUCACCCUUGCCACCCCCUGUAAGUGACAGGAUGAGAAAGAGACGGGCUUUUGCUGAUAAAGAGUUGGAGAACAUUAUGCUAGAGAGAGAGUAUAAGGAGAGAGAGAUGAUGGAAGCUACACAAGCAGCUGCCCUUUUUCUCCCUAACCGCAUGGUGCAUGGAGCUGAAUACAACUCGUAUAAAACAGCUUUCAACACUGCUCAAGUUGAUACUCCAAACAAGGAGUUUUGCAAUUUUUUACCAGCCUGCCUUGAUCUAACCAUGCAGUAUUCAGGAUCCAGCAACAUGGAACUAAUAUCUUCAAAUGUCAGUGUAGCUACUACCUACAGGCAGUAUCCCCUGUCCUCUAGGUUCUUAGUGUGGCCAAAAUGUGGCCCCAUUAGCGAUGCUCUCCUCUACCAGCAAUGCCUGUUAAAUGCUACUACUGUCCAAGCUCUCAAACCUGGGACAGGUUGGGAUGCCAAGGUCUCACAAAGUCAGGACUGUCCGAAUGCUGAGCAUGACAUCAUGUCUCCAAAACUAGAAAAUUCACUCGUUCUGACCCACACGCAAGACAUUCAGCAGUCAUGUAAUGAGAUAGCUUGCCUUCCUCAGGAAGCUCGUGAGAGGUCAGCUUUCUCUCCUCCAAAAAGGACUUUCUCUCAGAUUUCUGAUAAGGAUUCUCUGGCUCCUCAGGAACAGCUAACAAGCAAGAUCAGCAAAACCAGUACCAAGCCCCCUCCACCGAUCAAAUACAAUCCCUUUCAGUCACUGUUCCAGCAAACAUUUCCUGACAGAUCAGGCGCAGAGUUGAGAACAUCAUUCAUGAAAGAGACUUUUGAAGAUGCUUCUAAGAAAUACAGAGAGUGUGCCAUUAAAGAGAACCAAAAAUAUGAGUUUACAAGAGACAAAUGCACAAAAGACUUCUUUGGGGCCAAACAGGCCACAACAAAACUUUCAACAACUGAGCCACUGUCAUUUUCAGUUGAAUCCAUCCUUAAACGACCUUCUUCUGCAGUUGCUAAUGUCUCUCAAUGA